UAGAUAGAUAGAUAGAUAGAUAGAUAGAUAGAUAGAUAGAUAGAUAGAUAGAUAGAUAGAUAGAUAGAUAGAUAGAUAGAUAUAUUGUCAUUUAGAUAGACUGUUGCUGACGUUUUCUUUGACGUCUUUAUUUACACACGUAAUGGAAAAUGACGUGGUUUGAAUUGCAUUUAGAGAAUUAAACAAAAUCAGUUUGCUAAGUAACAUUUGAGAGCUGGGCGUCCAAUUAUGUCUCAAAGACAUGGCUAGCAAGAUAGCUGACAUCUGCCCUGGCCGUGGCUUCCCCUCUACCUUGACUGUUUGUGGAAUGGCUGCAGUUUGGCAGCAGGUGUUGGCAGUGGACGCAAGGUACAAUGCAUACCGCACGCCUACGUUCCCACAGUUCCGCACGCAAUACAUCCGGCGGCGCAGCCAGCUACUCAGGGAAAACGCCAAGUGUGGCUUUGAGCCGGGGCUGCGCAGGCAUUACCUGAGGCUGCGCAGCCAGCUGCUAGCCUUGCGCUACGGGCCACUGUCUGAGCAGAGCAGCUUCAGGGCCAGCAGUGUGCGCAGCUCCCGCACCACACUGGACCGCAUGGAGGAUUUUGAGGAGGACCCCCGUGCUCAGGGGGCUCGUGGUCACCGUCGAUCUGUGAGCAGAGGCUCCUACCAGCUUCAGGCCCAGAUGAACAGGGCAGUCUAUGAUGAGAGGACCCCAGGUGCCUUGGUGCCAACCUCUGUGGCGGAAGCUAGCCGUGCCAUGGCUGGGGACACCACUCUGAGCGAGAACUAUGCUUUUGCUGGCAUGCACCACAUAUUCGACCAACAUGUGGACUCUGCAGUUCCACGGCUGCAGUUUGCUAAUGAUGACAAGCACCUCCUAGCCUGCUGCUCAUUGGACGGCACCCUAUCCAUCAUGAUCCUGUCCCCGUCCCCGCCCAGUGUGAAGGUCGUCCUGAAGGGUCAUGCAGGUCCCGUCACCGACUUUGCUUGGUCCCUUAGCAACGACGUCAUCGUGUCAACAUCAAAGGAUGGAACACUGCGUAUUUGGAACACGGAAGAUGGGAGGUGUAUCCGUGAGGUCAGAGACCCGGAAUCUAGCGAACUGCUUUGCUGCACCUUCCAGCCCAUGAAUAACAACCUCACAGUGGUAGGGAACAGUAAGCACCUCCUGCAGGUGGUGAACAUCUCCACUGGGAAGAAGGUGAAGGGGGGUUCCAGUAAGCUGACGGGACGGGUACUGUCUAUGUCCUUUGAUGCCCCUGGGAGGAUCCUGUGGGCCGGGGACGACAGGGGCAGCGUCUUCUCCUUCCUGUUUGACAUGGCCACAGGGAAGCUGACCAAAGCCAAGCGGCUUGUGGUGAGUGAGGGCAGCCCAAUCUGCAGCAUAUCUGCCCGCUCCUGGAUCAGCAGAGAGGCUCGAGACCCCUCCCUGCUGAUCAAUGCCUGUGUCAACAAACUGCUACUCUACAGAGUGGUGGAUAAUGAAGGCACUCUGCAGCUUAAGAGGAGCUUCCCCAUCAAGCAUGGCUCUCAGCCCCUUCACAGCAUCUUCUGCCCUCUCAUGUCCUUCAGACAGGGUGCCUGUGUUGUGACUGGCAGUGAGGAUGCCUGUGUCUACUUCUUCGACGUGGAACGCAACACUAAGGCCAUAGUCAACAAGCUGCAGGGUCACGGUGGCCCAGUGCUGGAUGUCAGCUUCAACUGUGACGAGAGCUUGCUGGCUUCUGCAGACUCCACUGGCAUGGUUAUCAUCUGGAGGCGGGAGCAGAAGUGACCAACCACCAAAAGCUUCCUUCCAUGCACUACAAAAAAAAGCAACUACCACUUUGAACCAUCCAAUCACUAGAAUGCUAAAUACAAGGGGCAGGGAAAGGAUAUCUGUGUUUUUAAGGCUGGGAUUUAGUGGUUACUGUGAGUGUGGUACCCGUGAACGCAGGAAAAUAGCCUUUUUAAAUAUAGUCAACAAAGUGCGAUCUAAGGGAGCACUGCUCCUCACGGAGGGUCCUGAGAGGUUUGCAUGUAUCAAGUAGGACCUGUAAUAGUGCUAACUACUUAUUGUAAAGCAUUAAUAUAGCAAAAUGCAAUACAGUAGUAUUAAAUGACAGCUUUGUUCCUUUAAAGUUGCCCAUUUUCCUUCAAUCAUUCACAUGUUUAUUGUUCUACUGUGAUGUGCAUGGCUUUCUAUCAAGAACCCAUCAUAGAAAUCAGUACUGACAUAUUGGAAUAACUACUGUGUGUGUGUAUAUAUUUAACACAAAAAAACUUGAUGGAAACUCAAAAGAACACCUUGUGUGUUUGUGAGAAUUUGUGUGUUUGUAUGUGCCUGUGGUGUCAUUUUAAUGUCAUGGUUGCAAAGAAAUGUAAUAUAUUUAUGAUAUGCACAUACUGAAUAAAGUAGCCACUGUAUAUAUCA